GCAUCUGCUCUCUCCUCUUCUCUCAUUGGACCCUUGCCUGAAACUUUGGAAACCAGUCUCUGUGUGUCUUGCACUUUCAGACAUCAGCACAGAUGUUUUCAGUUUGACCUCCUCCUCCGUCUCGUCUGGAUGCCCCCCACCCAUUGGUGCCUGAGGAGAAGGGGAGGAUGGACACGGACGCAAUGGACGUACACCCAGUGGUGUGAGUUUAUACAGACAAACUGUAGGCGAUAUUUAGCAAUGCCGCAGAGAGGAAGAAGAAAGAUCACCUCAUCUCUUCAUCAAACCCUGCGUCAAGCAUGCCAACCCAAACCUGGUCUCCACUGCAUUCCUGCUCAGUACUUAACUGAAGUCUUCAGAAGAUGCUGAGGAAGAUGGUGACAAUGAGGAGGAUCCUCCAUGUGAAGGGAGAUGUGAUGUGCACCAUGCUGCUCCUGGUGCUAUUCUGUCUGCUGCUCUACGCCCGCCAGGUGGUGCUCUCCUCUGGGUGGGACAGGCCUGUCUGGAAGCUGGAAAUCCAUGGCUCUAACAGCUCCAGCAGGACCUUGCUGGGCGCCAGCGGGACCAAAGUAGGCCAGGAGUCUCCAGGGCAGAUCCCAUCCCGCCCUUCAGAGUCACAGCUGCUUCCCUGCAAGCCCCAAUCCAAGUCCAACCCUCCUCAGCCCAAGUCCAAACCUCAGGUCAAAUCUAAGGGGAAAUCCAAGACGCGGCGGAAAAAUGCCGUGCCGACUAAGACCUCUGGCAAGCCCCUGCCCACGAUGCCACCUUUUGACUUUGAGGGCUAUCUGAGAGAAAAGGACAACAGGAACUUUAAGCUGCUCAUAGACCAGCCAGAGAAAUGUCACCUCGGAGGAGCAGAGGAAGAACAAGAAAGAGGAAAUGAAGGGUCUGCUACUGCUCCUUACAUGCUGAUUGCGGUGAAAUCUAUCCCUGCAGAUUUUGAUAAACGUCAGGUGGUACGUCGGACCUGGGGUAAAGAGGGACUCUUUAAAAACGGUGUGUCCAUCCGUACCGUUUUCCUGCUGGGGGUUCCCAGGAAUCGGACUGCUCUGCCUCUGUGGGAUCGUCUCUUGACCUACGAGAGUCAAACCUUUAGGGAUAUCCUGCUCUGGGACUUUGAAGACACCUUCUUCAACCUGACGCUGAAGGAAACCCACUUUCUGAAAUGGGUUAACAGCAGCUGUCCUCGCGUCAAAUUCAUCUUCAAGGGCGACGCUGACGUGUAUGUUAACGUGGAGAAUAUACUAGAGAUGCUACAAGGCCAACAGCCAGACACGGAUCUGUUUGUCGGUGAUAUUAUUAUCCAUGCUAAACCCAUUCGCCGGCGCAGUUCCAAAUACUACGUGCCAGAGUUUGUUUACGGAGGGGGUUUGUACCCGAAUUACGCUGGGGGAGGAGGGUUUGUCAUGUCGGGACAUACGGCUCGCAGACUUAGCUCUGCCUGUCAACAGGUGGAGUUGUUCCCCAUUGAUGAUGUCUUCCUGGGAAUGUGCCUCCAGCUGAUUGGCGUCAAACCAUCACGCCACCAAGGCUUUCGGACCUUCGGAAUUCCCCGGCCGUCGGCGGCCCCCCACCUUCAGACGUUCGACCCCUGUUUUUACAGGGACCUCAUGGUUGUUCACAGGCUCAGUGUUGCUCAGAUCUGGCUUAUGUGGAACCUCCUGCACGACCCUAAACUGAGCUGCCACAACCGGACCAGCCCGACAUCCUGGCCCUUUAAGUGGAAGGAUAAGAUGGGAGAAGAGACGGAUUAUGGUGAGAAGCAAGUGUUUGUCACGCAUUAGUGACUCCCCACAGGGCCCAGUAGGGAUCUGCGAGAGGAGAACAUAAUGGUUAUUAAGCAGGAUCUGUGGCCAACUUGAAGGGCUUGCGAUGUGUUCAAAAGCACAGUCGAGUCAUAUGAGACUUUUUUUUCCGAAGCUGGCAGAUCAUCUCUGACGGAAAUGAAUUGGCAAAGGCCUAAUGUGCUUCAGAUUUUUCGGUAAGGAAGCCCAGAGAGAAUUUAGGGUGUAGCAAUCCAAGCCUGUCUGUGUGUUCAUACAGUGUUUGUGAACAACCAUGCAGCAAGACUUUGAUUUCCAAAGAAGAUUAUAAGAAGACCUUUGAAUGUGUAAUCUUCAGAAUGUAUUGUGUUUUAAUUGUUUACACAAAGAAACAGAAAGAUCUACAAAGACAACAUGACAAACGACAUGUGUUUACUUCAGAGUUACUUUAUAAGGAAGUUCGUUUUUUUUUAUAUAUAAAAGCAGAUUUUCUUAUAAAAGCAGAUAUGGCACACAGCACAUUCAAUAUACAUGUAGUUUUUAAUUGAAUUUGGCCAAAGAAUAUUCAGCAAAAUAGCUACUAAUACGAGUGACUACAAGGCAACGACGCCCAUGCAGCCACAGUUAAUAACAAAAAGAAGUGCAAUUACAAAUUUUACAAAUUACCAACAAACUGCUCUGGUGCUCCCUUCAUGUUGUGGCUCACAAGUUUCUCUCUACGACUCAUCUUUCUAAUCCCCCCUCUUCUCCUUGGGCCCCCUCGGAGUCUGGGUCUGGAUCUCCACAGCGCUGUGGAGUAAGGUCUGGCUACGCCCCAGAUACAUUGUAAGAUAGGAGAAAGAAAACGCUCUAGGUUGUUUGCGUUUCUUUAAACCAGUCACAAUCGUCUUGGGCCGUACUAAGCUCCGGUCGCAGCGAUGCAAAAUGUUCUCGGCAAGGAACUUGUUAUGGUGGAACAUUUGCACCCCGCAAAAGAAAACGCCACAUACAAUAUGUAAUGAAGUUAACCGUUCACACAUUACAGUAACGUGAGCUAUUUAAAUCAGCUGGAUACAUGGUUAAACGUCAUUUGCUCUUACCAGUGUAUCGCUGUGUGUACUUCAUCCACAGUAAUCCUGCGAAUCGGUCCCCAAACGUCCCAGUUAGAGAGGAAAUGUCGUAAACAUAUUCUGCGUAAAUCUUUACAAUCAUUCCCCGAAAGAACCAAGCAGGCCUGCCCUAUUGCACAAUCCAAAUUUUCUUCAAAACUCGCCAUUUAUAGCGUGUGGAAGGUUGUUGUUGUUUCCCGUAGCGAAGGAAUUUUGAGAAUGGCAAGGAGAGGGACAAAACCUGACAUCCAGAUGUCAGGCUUUAUGCUGGAAAUGUACUUCCGUUGAUCCAGACUAGGAACAAUGUGGCUGGUUCAUUAACUUAAAUAUUUCUGUAUUUAACCCUCCUGUUGUGCUCGGGUCAAAUUUGAGUUUCUAUAUCCGAAAUAUGGGUUUCAUUCGACCAAAUUGUCAAAAAAAAAAAUAUAUCAUACUAUAAAACGCUCUUCACUUUGGGUGUUUCAUUCAAUUUUUAUAGCAGUUGAAGAAAAAAAAUGGAUAAAAGAACACUGAAAAAAACAUUUUCAAAAGCGCAGAAAAAAAAAAAU